AUGACAAUGGUUGAGAGGCAUUUGGAUUCUUUCAAACUUGUUUCUAAAAAAUCAUUGCUUUUCUUCUUCUCAAUGACAUCAAUCAUGUUCCUCAUGUCAUGGGUCUUCGUCUUGCGAUCCACAAGUCGUCCGUAUUUCAUUGAUCACAACUUGUUGCCAAGUUCAAAGCUUUUCUCCACCCUUGAAGAUUCCAUGUUUCAUACAAAAGUCCCGAAUGUCGAGUCCUCGUUCGGGAACCGAGCAAUACUCGUGGACAACGAAGAUGUUGAAGACGAAAGUGAAGCUAGCAAAUCCAAUGAGAAUACAGAAUGUAGUGAUAGAAAUGAUGCUUUUCUUCUAAAAGUUUUCAUGUAUGAUUUGCCUUCCGAAUUUCAUUUCGGGCUUUUGGAUUGGAAACAAGAUGGUAAAAGUGUUUGGCCUAAUGUUAGAACAACAAUACCCGGUUACCCCGGAGGUUUGAAUUUGCAACAUAGUAUAGAAUUUUGGCUCACAUUAGACAUUCUUGCCUCGGAAAUUCCGAAUGCUCCAAAGGCGAAGACCGUGAUUCGAGUUCAAAAUUCUAGCGAAGCCGACAUAAUAUUUGUGCCCUUCUUUUCGUCGUUGAGUUAUAACCGAAACUCGAAACCUAAGCCACGUGAGAAGAAAACUAAGAACAUGAUACUUCAAGAGAAGUUAGUGAAGUAUCUAACAUCUCAAGAGGAAUGGAAGAGAUCAAAGGGAAAAGAUCAUUUGAUUAUGGCACAUCAUCCUAAUAGUAUGUUGGAUGCAAGAAUGAAAUUGUGGCCGGCUACAUUCAUACUUUCAGAUUUUGGAAGAUAUCCUUCAAGUAUAGCUAAUGUUGAAAAAGAUGUGAUUGCACCUUAUAAGCACUUAAUCCCUUCUUAUGUCAAUGAUGAUUCAAGCUUCGAUAGCCGCACGACAUUGUUGUAUUUCCAAGGAGCAAUUUAUCGAAAAGAUGGAGGUUAUGUAAGGCAAGAGCUAUAUUAUUCAUUGAAAGAUGAACCUGAUGUACAUUUUUCAUUCGGAAGCAUUCAAAAAGACGGAAUCAAGAAAGCGACGGAAGGCAUGCGAUCAUCGAAAUUCUGCCUCAACAUAGCAGGCGACACGCCUUCGUCGAACCGUUUGUUCGACGCAAUUGCUAGUCAUUGUGUGCCUGUGAUCAUCAGCGACGAAAUCGAGUUACCGUUCGAGGAUGUCCUAGACUACUCCGAGUUCUGCGUAUUCGUUCGAGCUAGUGAUGCUGUCGAGGAGAAUUAUCUCAUAAAUUUCAUCAGGAGUAUAAGCAAAGAUGAGUGGACAAAAAUGUGGAAAAAGUUGAAAGAAGUUGAACAUAUUUUUGAAUAUAAUUUUCCAUCUAAAGAAGGUGAUGCUGUACAAAUGAUUUGGCAAGCUGUUUCACAUAAAGUUCCUGCUAUGAAGUUGAAGUUGAAUAGGUUUAGGAGGUACUCUAAGUCCCCUCCAAGUAUAGAUAAAGAUUUGAAAUCAAUACAUUUACCUAUAAACUUCUGGUGA